GACCACUAGCACUUGCGCCCCCUACUCCUCGCCGAAUAGCCGUGUACAGUUCUUCUUUUUUGGGGUUCUUCUUGGCUACUUGCAUUGCUUGCUGCUCGAUCGACCAGUACGCUUGCUUUUCUUCUCCUGAUCUUCUCCUCCCGUGUGCUCUGUGCCCGUCUCCCGUGCUCCUUUGGUUGAGGUGCUUGUGCUGUUUGGUUGGAUCAGUAAUGCACGCGUCGGUGGAGAGGAGAUGGAGGUUUGAUCCUUGCGAUGAGGUCGCCUACGUUGUGAUGAAUGACUUUGCUCUGAUGAAUGACCACACCAUGCUACUUCAAGGCCAUGACAAAUCAAGGAUCAGCCCAGCUGGCUUUUCGACAAAGUCAAGACCUACACAGGGCGGUGGCAUCAGAAACAAUAUUGCCCACAGUGACAGUAGAUCCAUCAAUGUUUCCAGCGGAAAAAGAAGCAGUUAUCCACAAACUUACACUGUUCCAAAAAGUACAGAGCCACACAUAUUUGAUGCUGAUGAAUAUGUCAGUAUUAGCAAUUUUUCAGGCGUUCCUUCAACAGAAGGUAAAACUAUGCAGGAUGAACACCCGAACAAAGGAAAAGAUUUGUUAUACUGUGAUUGGUCUGAACUGGCCAACUUGGAUGACUUCGAAGCAAAUCUGAGAAGUUUCGAAUCCACGUUUGAGAUGGUAAGUAAUCACUUUGAGGAUCCACUGUCGUCUUCAGUUUGCUUACCAGAUGCCCAGAUAGUACCAAGCAGCUGUCUCUUUGACAAUACCAAUUUGUCAACCGUUUCAAAUGAGAGCACAACUAAGUCUAUAUUAUCAUCAGUUUCAGUUUCCGAUACUACUAGUACUGAAGCAUUGUUCCUUGAUCAGAUUAAUACGGCAAAUCCCAUCAACAUACAACAAACAUCCAGCAACGAAAGAAGUUUGACAUCUUUGAAUCAUGAGGCACUUGCCUGUUCUUCCGGGGAAAUCGAGCAGUUUUCACAGCAUUCAGAUGCUGAUGUUUUCUGCCCAUUUGACAAUGUAACAAGCGUGGAACGCGUAAAUUGCUGUGAGGGACUAGAGGCUAUCUUUGGCUCAAAUCAGGAAAUGCUAGCCACAACAGCAGCAUCAAGCAUCAUGUGCAAUAACGAAACUGUAUCUUCAUCUACUUACUCAGCGCCAGAUCUAGUUGCAACUUAUCCUCUUUCGAUAAAGAACUCACAUGAUCCAUUGAAUGGAACUCCAGACAUGAUCCUUGACAUAAUGGCUGGAAAUCCACUAGAGAUGUAUUUCCCUCCAUUGACAGCAUAUGAACAACCGGAACAUCUGAAUAACGCCACUUUGACACAAACACACCAGUUUCCUGAAGGCUUUGCAGGUGACGAUGUUGUGAAAAGUGCAGACUUGCAAUUUUUUUCGAAAGGAAAGAAUUCAGUAGACUUAUGUGUGAACCCUUGUUCACCGUUGAUUCUAGAAGCUGUGCCAGUUAAGGAUCUUGGCUUCCAUAAGCUUCAGGAAGGCAUGAAUCAGUUGGACGUGGCAUCCAAAGCUUGCAUAAGAGAUGCCCUGUAUCGACUGGCCAACCGUGUUGAGCAGAGGCAUUGCGUUGCUAGUACAGCAGAGACUCUCAACCGGCUUGGAACGAUGGAACCAUCAGUUUCAGAGAGGUGGAGAGAAGUUCAGAUGAACCCUAUGGAUCGCUCGGUGGCACAGCUGCUCCUCCAGAAACCGCCCCAUCAUAAAUCUCCACCUGAUUCGGCGCUCGGAAUCGGUCCCUGAAUUGCAAACCCCGUUGUACUGUACCCUGAAAAAAAACGUAGUUUCUGAUGCAAUGCAAUGUGGUUUUUGACUACACAUGCGUGAUAGAUCAGUAUUCUAGGCCCGGCAAAAUUUUUUAUCGGUUCCGGACUUCCGGUAUGCAUUGUAUAUACAGACUACACAGUACUUGCAUACUAGUACUAGAUGUAAUGUAAUAGCACGCUUGCUGUUCACUUGUUCAGAGAUGUGAUACCGAAAUACCGAAUAGAAACUACAGUAGUUUUUGCUCAUCUUCGGCAUUUGUAGUUACCUGUAAGUUGUGUGUCAGGGGCCCCCUCUGCUUGAAUAAUUUGUACUGUUCCAAAAUUUAUGGGCAUGUUUAGUUCUCAAUUUUUUUC